UUUUUUUUUUUUCUUUUUUCUUUUUACUCUAACUCCACUCUUCUACGUGGGGGAAAUACCCAAUAAUAUUUCCCACAAUUAAUCGUUGUCUUCUUUGGCUUUCAGAAUGGCAGGACAAGAAAGAACUUUAUCCUACACUAUACUGCAGUGUUUUGUCUUCGCGCAUCUGGCUUUUAUGGUGUCAGGUCAGUGCAGCGGGACAGAGACCUUCGAAAAGGUUACCAGAACGACAGUGCGAGGCAUCUCAGGGAUUCCUCUCUUCUCGAACGCUGGCAACACUGUCACCAGCGACUGUAUAUCGAGAUGUCGCCAGUCACGCAUCUGCUCCGGAUUUCUCCUGAACUACGACCGGGAGUCCUGUUUCCGCUUGGACAGGGUCGCCUACAGUUCGGGGGCGGCGCUGCAGCCUACGCUCGAACCUAUCAAUUUCUUCGAGAAAAUUUGCAUUACGGGUGAGUCCGGUGGAGGCAUACUGAAGUGUGCUGAACUGUGCAUCAGGGAGAGGGGCCUUCAGUGCCGUAGCGCUGAGUAUCACACCAGGGACGGCGUGUGUCGCCUGAGCAGACAAGACAGAAGGACACAGCCGCUGAGCUUCCGUCCGGCCUCGCCUUACGUGCAGUACAUCGAGAACCAGUGCGCGCCAGGUGGGGGCCCUGCUGUUUCAGUUUUAUUAGCGCUUUGGGAUAUUUAUGCACAUGUGCGACAAAAGUGUGGCUGUGAUGUGUUAUGCCAACGGGCGUGCGAGUCGGAGGGCGCCUUCCACUGCCGCUCCUUCGCCUGGUACGAGCGGGCUGGCGUCUGCAGGCUCUCCGGGGAUGACCUCGUCUCGGCGGGGCCCUCGGCGCUCGGGGAUCUGCCGGGGGCCACGUGGCUGCAGAGGGCGCCGUGCCUGGACCUGGAACUCGGCUGCACUGUGGACGCCAUGACUGUUCACCUGAACACGCCAGAACCCUUCAAAGGACGCCUGUUCUCCAGAGAUUUUCCAGCGAGUUGUCAGUCCAGAGAUGUUGGCAGGACUGACACCACUCUCAGCAUCAAGUUCAACGAUCCGGAAUGCGGCGUGGUUAACGAAGGGAACGGUGUCUACAGUAACGUCGUGGUUGUACAGCAUCACCCCGUCAUUCAGCGGAGGGGAGACAAGGCUAUCAAAUUAAUGUGUUUGUUUGAGACCUCCAACAAGACAGUCACUGACAGCUUCAACUUCAUUGUGGACAACUCGAUCAACGCCGGCGUGGCGACGGCGAUCGUCAACGCGACGGCCCCCUCGCCGCGCAUCCGCCUGCGCAUCGUGGACCGCCUCGGGAGGGACAUCAACGGCGCCAGGCUCGGGGAGGAGCUCUUCCUCAGGCUCGAGCUCGACGACGAUAGCGUCUACGGCAUCCUGGCGAGGAACCUCAUAGCGAAGAGCGGCGACAACUCCAACUCCAUCAUCCUCCUGGACGAGCGAGGCUGCCCCGACGACCCCGCCAUCUUCCCGUCCCUCCAGCCACUCCCGGGGUCCAAGAGUCUGCAGGGCAAGUUCGAGGCCUUCAAGUUCUCCGAGGACCAAGUUGUGCGCUUCCAAGUCAACGUCCAGUUUUGCCUUGAGGAGUGCAAGCCGGCGCAGUGCGGAAACAUCCUCUCGUACGGGCGCAGACGUCGAUCUUUAUCAGAAGGCGGCAUCGUAACCUUAGGAGGCGAGUACAGCCUCAUUGGAGGUGAGAUUCAGCUGGAGGACGACCGCGACGACCCCGAAGACGACCACGACACGAUCUACCACGAGAUGCCUCUGCAGAAGGAGAUUAUCGUGGAUAGCGAGACCGUGAAGCCGCUCAGAGCUGGGCUGUUGCCGGAAGAGACAGAUGCCCGACGCCUGGCCGAGCUCGUGUGCACCUCCAGGGAAGUGCUCCUCGCUGCUCUCGUGUCUGGGGCCAUCCUGCAGGUCUGCAUCAUCCUCACGGCCAUCAUGUGUGUGUUCGGACGCAGGAGGAAGCAGGCGCCAAAGGAGUCCCGGAUGUCGACCCUAACCCUCUCCAGGGGUGUUCGAUCCCCUUAUACCACGACUUCGGACGAUUCCGCCAACACGCUGAAGAGUCUUAGAACGUCUCUAAGGGAUUAAGAACUAUAUAUGCUUUAGCCAAGGGUGUCGAGGGCUUGUUAGUGCGUGUUCGUUUCUGUGUGUUUUGUGUUCUGUGUUUGUAUAUGUGUUUUGGCGGUUAUGACUGAUAUUGUAUAGAAUUUUAUUAAUUGCAAUAUUAUUCGGAGGUGUGACGGCAGGCAGGAGUCGUGUUGGUUGGAAUUUGUGCGAAUUUAAAGUUACAGAGAUAGAGAUAGAUAGAUAGAUAGAUAGAUAGAUAGAUAGAGAGAGAGAGAGAGAGAGAGAGAGAGAGAGAAUGAUUUAUAAAGCGAAAGAACAAGGGAACAAUAUUUUGGAUUAAGUAACCAUAGUGGUAAAAUAAAGAAAAAAAUUAAGCUCAAAAUCAUCACUCCAAAAAGCUAAAAGAAACACACAUACACGCUUUUGUGAAGAGAAAAAUACACCAUUCUUUGAGUAUUUAAAAUUGAGAGCAACACAAGCGAGCACAGAACGCAACCCAGAGCAAGCCAGUAAACAAAAAAUACACAUACAUCGCAAAACAACAACAAAAAAUAAACGAGAAAAACAUACCGUUUG